CCCAGAGCUGGGGCUAGAACCCAGGUGUCUUGGUUCACAGCUCCCCCAGCCUAACUCACUCCGCUGCCGCUCCUAGAGCUAGGGAGAGAACCCAGGCGUCCUGGCUCCCAGCCCCUCCCCCACUCUCGUCGGACUCCUGAACUGUGUCUCCGUUCUUGUUCCUUUUCCUUUGUCCCGGUAACAAUGUGACCCGCUCCGCCUUCCUGGUCCCAGACUCCACCCCAGAGCCUGUGCGGGGCGGGGGGACGGGCCAGGCCAGCGGGCGCUUCACUGGGGGACCCGAAGCACACCCCGGGAGAGGCGGGGAGACUGGGCCGCCGCCGCAGACGAUCGAUCUUUGCGCCCGGAACCAGCUGCCUUCCUGUGGGUGCCAAGGGUGGCCAGCGACCGAGGGGCAAAGGCAUUUCCCAUGCCCCGGACCGGCCGGGACUCUGCCGGAGAGACGCCCCCAGGAGCGGCGGCUUCCAGCCGGGGAACUUCUCCAGCCGAGGCAUUUCCUCCUCGCUCUGCCGCGGCUUGGGACAGAGCUCGGGCCGGGGCAGCUGGAGGGAGCGGGGUCUGGGCACGGCAGGGCACGGGGAGUUGAGGCCUCUGGGUGCUUGGAGAUCGCCGGGGCGGUAGCUAGAUCGGAGUGGAGCAUCCUGAAGGCAGAGGGGCACUUCUGAGGGGAUAGGCUGUAGGGGACAGCCCUGGUCCCUGGUGGGGGACGGGGACGGGACGGACAAGCUGUAGGGGGCGAUCCUGGUCCCUGUGGGAGGGGAAAGGUGUAGGGGGUGAUCCUGGUCCCUGUCGGGGGGAGCAGGCUUUGGGGGGGAUCCCGCCCCUUGUGAGGGGGAAUAGACCGGAGAGCACAAGUCUGUGCCCCCCGGGGAGGGAACGGGGGAAUAGACUGCAGGGGAUGAUCGUGACCCCUGGCAGAGGGAAUAGAUUGUAACUGGGAUGAUCCUGCCCCAGCAAGGGGGGAUUAAACUGUAGGGGCCAAUCCUGGUUCCCAGAUGGGAGAGGGCUCCUGUAAGUGGGCGGGUUCCCCAGCCCCAUAACCACUCUGCUCCUGUGAGACCCCUGCGAGCCAGGACCCCCAGCCUGGCCUUGCAGCACCUCUCUGGGAAGAUGCCUGUGCCGUGAAGGGCCACAUCUGGGCAGGGUCUCACUAGAGGCUGCCCCCAGCCUUUGACCCAGGAUGGAGCCACUGAAGAACCUGCUGCGGAAAGGCGCGUGGGGGCCGGAGCGGAGUGGUGCGGCGGCCUACACCAACCCGGUGUGGACGGCGCUCUUCGACUACGAGGCAGCGAGCAGCGACGAGCUCAGCCUGCGACAGGGGGACCGCGUGGAGGUGCUGUCGUGGGAUGCCACCGUGUCUGGUGAUGAGGGCUGGUGGGCAGGUCGGGUGCGGAGCCAGGUGGGCAUCUUCCCCUCCAGCUACGUCUCCCUGCAGCCCGUUGGCUAUGGCGAAGCUCCAGUUCACGCUGACUUCCGGGAACUGAGGCUGGAGGAGGUGAUCGGGGUGGGGGGCUUUGGCAAGGUGUACCGCGGCAGCUGGAAGGGUGAGCUGGUGGCGGUGAAGGCGGCACGCCAGGACCCAGAUGAGGACAUCAGUGCCACUGCGGAAAGCGUGCGCCAGGAGGCCCGGCUCUUCGCCAUGCUGCGCCACCCCAACAUCAUCACCCUCAAGGCUGUCUGCUUGCAGGAGCCCAACCUGUGCCUGGUGAUGGAGUAUGCCGCCGGGGGCCCACUCAGCCGCGCCCUGGCCGGGCGCAGGAUCCCCCCCCACGUGCUGGUGGACUGGGCAGUGCAGAUUGCCAGGGGCAUGCAAUACCUGCACUGUGGGGCCAUCGUACCAGUCAUCCACCGCGACCUCAAGUCCAACAACAUCCUGCUGUCCCAGCGCAUUGAAGAGGAGGACAUGAACGGGAAGACACUGAAGAUCACAGACUUUGGGCUGGCGCGAGAGUGGCAUCGCACCACCAAGAUGAGCGCAGCUGGCACCUACGCCUGGAUGGCACCCGAGGUCAUCAAGGCCUCCACCUUCUCCAAGGGCAGCGAUGUCUGGAGUUAUGGCGUGCUGCUGUGGGAGCUGCUGACUGGGGAGGUCCCGUACCGUAGCAUCGACGGGCUGGCUGUGGCCUACGGCGUCGCCGUCAACAAGCUGACACUGCCUAUCCCCUCCACCUGCCCCCAGCCGUUUGCCCAGCUCAUGGCAGAGUGCUGGGACCAGGACCCCCAUGGGCGGCCCAGCUUCGACUCCAUCCUGGCCCAGCUGACGGCACUGGAGGUCCAGGUGCUGGAGGAGAUGCCCCAGGACUCCUUCCACUCCAUGCAGGACGACUGGAAGCUGGAGAUCCAGGGCAUGUUCGAUGAGCUUCGAGCCAAGGAAAAGGAGCUGCUGAGCCGGGAGGAGGAGCUGCAGCGGGCGGCGCUGGAGCAGAAGUCCCACGAGGAGUUCUUGCGGCAGCGGGAGCACCAGCUGGCCCAGUGGGAGCUGGAGGUGUUUGAGCGGGAGCUCACCCUGCUCAUCCAGCAGAUGAACAAGGACCCCCCAAAUGUGAAGCGCAGGAAGGGCACUUUCAAGAGGAACAAGCUCAAGGGGCGGGACAGCGAGAGGAUCAGCAUGCCUCUCGAUUUCAAACACCGCAUCACGGUGCAGGCCUCCCCUGGACUGGACAAGAGGAAGAACGUCUUCGAGGUGGGGGCUGGGGGCUCCCCGACCUUCCCGCGCUUAAGAGCCAUCCAGUUGGAGCCCGCCGAGAGCAGCCAGAGCUGGGGCAGACAGGCACCACGCCGCACAGAUGAGGCCUGGAAUGGGGAGCGCCGCCCUGGCAAGAACUGGGGUCCCGGAUCCCCAAAGCCCUGGGAGGGCAGCACCCAAAAUGGCAGGAGGAGGUCCCGGCUGGAGGAGACGACUUGGUACGUUGAGCAGGAGGAGCCCAAUCCUGUGGAGUCGGCCCCAUCCCAGCCUGCCCUGAACGGUGAUGUCCCCUCUUUAGGCCCCAAUGGGACCCAGGAGUCAGAGGAGCAGCGGGCACCGGCUCCGGAGCGGAUCAGCACCCCCAAACUCAUCCAGAGAGCACUGCUGAGGGGCACAGCGCUGCUGGCCUCUCUCGGGCUGGGCCGGGACCUGUCACAGGCCCGACGGGAGGAGAAAGGGGAGCCCCCACCUGUGCCCACACCCCCGCCUUCUCCUGAGCUCAUCCGCUUCUCCCCCAAGGACACACACUGCCCUGCCCUGCUGGUGGAGCAGGGCCAGGAGGGGCCGGCCCGGAUGCCAGGGACCACAGAGGAGGACCAGGAAGGGCCAGCCCAGACGCCACGGUCCACGGAGCAGGGCCAGGAGGGGUCAGCCCGGAUGCCAGGGUCCACAGAGCUGCUCAUCCACCUGGUCCCAGGUGGUGAUAGAGGGUCCCUGGCCCCCUUGUGGGGUCAGAGGUCACCAAAGAGCCCACGAUGUGAGGAGGAGCGGAGUCCUGGCAGCAGGGCAGAUAAGUGGGGUGGGGCCCUACCAUCGCCCUCGUCCCCCUGCAGCCCCCACUCGCCACGCCCCUCCCCACACACCAGCCUCAUCUCCCGGCCCCGCCCCUCCCCUGUGCGCAGCCGCAUCGACCCCUGGAGUUUUGUGUCGGCGGGGCCCCGUGCCUCCCCAGCCCAAUCCCCCCAGCCAGAGCCACGCCGGCGUCGGGCGGGGACUCCUGACUCCAGCAACCCCUUCGUGACUUCUGACCCCUUCUCCCGCCCCUCACCGGGACCUUUUGACUCGGAGACCUUCGACCCCUUUGCCUCGGCGCCCAGAUUGACCAGUCUCUCCUGCCACCUGGACCAUGGCCAGCUCAGUCCCUACCCCUCGCCCCCUCCACGCCACUCCCCCAGCUUUCCUGCCCCCCUGGAGCAGACCAAAGAGACCCACCCCUUGCCAUGGUGGAUGGCCAGAUCCCCGCAGGAGGAGAGCAGAGUCCCAAAGUGAAAUGGGCAAUACAGGAAGUCCUGGCCUCUUUGGACAGUUGCACACAGGAAGUCCAACAACGAAAGCGGGCGAUACUGGAAGUCCCACCCUCCUCAGACUUUGCAUGGAGGAAGUCCUGCCCUCUUUGGACAAUUGCACACUGGAAGUCCUGCCCUCCUCAAGUUCUGAGUGCAAGAAGUCCCAUCUUGCUUGGAUUGUUGUACCAGAUACAAGGCUCAGGUUGGGGAGGUCUCUGUGUUGGAUGUUUGGGGAGGUGGGGGACCUUUUACUAUACACUGGAAAGGUGGAGGAGUUCUGGGGAGCUCCUGUGGGGUAAGUGGGGCACCGCCCCCUGCCUUAAAGAAGAGACUAAGAGUGGCUUGGACACCCUCUGAGCCGGGUGCCAUGGUCUCUGUGAUCUGCAAUUCCCAGCCACACGUUGCAUGAGGUUGUCGGGUCUCUGCCAAACUCCCACCCUGGUCCUCGGAACCACUGAAUCGGUAGUGAUCACUGCUUGGGAGUGAGGGGCACUGGCAGAGCUGGGGGAGACUAGGGCUGGGAUUGAAGGAGUGAGGGGCACCGGCUCAGCCCAUCUGUUUCAUGAACACUAAUAGUGGGCCCCCCCUGUUCCCAGCAUGGGGUCCUGGUGUCUGGGUUGGGGACCAGCCACCCCUCCCCCAAGGUAGCAGCCCCUUCUGCUGAUAGCAGGGGUGUCUUGGGGAUAUCCCUGUGGGAGGAGGACACUGGGAGAGACCGAUACGGGAUCACCCCCCAUUUGCUACAUUCCUGAGCAUGGACUGGCUGCAGGUGAGCGUGCCCCUGGGUGUGUGAGCAUAGGUGUGCGUGCAAGGCUGGGAGUGCUGUGUACUUGGGCAAGUGUGCAAAGCAUCAGGGGUUGCGCGUGUGCAGCUGCCCCAGUACCUUUGUGCUGGUGUCUGUGGGCGUGUGUGAAGCCAGAGGUGUGGGAGCAUGUGUGAGGGCUGGCCUGGGCCGGAGACAGGUGUGCCUGGGAGCAGCUGUGCCAUUGCCUGCACUUCCAGCAUGGGAGUCUGCUGCUUCCCUCCCCCAUCCGUGGGGUCCCCGUUAACUCUGUCCCUUCCUCCUGCUGUGAGUUCCUGCCCUGGGGUCAGGGGAGGUGGGCCAGGCCAUGUCAAUACCUUCUGUAACUGCACCGAGACCCCAGGCUGGGGAGCAGCCAAAGCUGGGGCUGCAUGUGGGUUGAGACCAAAUAAACUCCCAGCUGCCUCCAGCUGCUGCUUCCA